AAUCUUUCUCUGAACAGAUUUCAUUAUCCUUUAGAAAAUAUUUUAUUAAUUAUUUUAAUACGAAAUGAAUAUGAGUUGCGUGAGACUAUUCUUCUUUUUAAAUUUUUACUUCUUUGUUGAAGCUAUUCCGGUUGUUUUACGAGGUUCCUCAAAUAACGGAGACGCAGUCAUAGCGAUAGCAUCAUCCGACCCAGAAGUCGAGAAAUACUUUGCUGCUAAAUACCCCUCAGAUUCCAAUGAAGACUCCCGUGUUAUUAAGAACAUUCCAGAAGACAUAUUCCAGAGAAGCUUUAGUUUUUCAUCCCCUGGUGAGGCAGCCGCUGGCACUGGAAGGAGUUUCGUUUCCACAUCAAACUUAAAUCCAUUCUCAUUUCCUUUAUUCUUCAUGCCUCUUAAUUUAGAAGAAUUCGGUUUGAAUAACCCCGAUGUGAACUGGGCGAGAAAUUUUGAAGACUUAUACAAUCCUGGUCUAUUGGGUGAAGGAGUGAAGUCUGUGACAGCUACUGCAGUUAGUAAUAAUGGUCACGUGUAUGGUAAAGUGAAGACUGUUACUGUUGACGAUAAAGGCAAAAGCCAAUCUAAAACUGUGAAUAUAAGCAACUAAAUGGGUAGUUAUAAUGUUAAGUUAAUUUAUUGUGGUCUAUAGGUACUAAGUGUAUUUAUGUAGUGUAUUUAUCAAUAUAUAGUGUUAAUGGAUGGUGUAUUUAUUAAUAAAAUAGGAGGGAUAAAAUUUGAGAUAAGGAUAGAACUAAGUCAACAAGUAAGUGAUUAAAAAUAAACAACUUCAGUAAUUU